AUGAAUCACGAUCCAUAUAGCUGGGGAAGGCCUAGUAACGAAACUUAUGGCCACUAUAAUAAAGAUAUAGCAAAUGCGUCAUUACAUGAAGACCAGGCUUCAGCGGCAGACUUUCCCAAAAUGCACACUCAGCAGCCAAUUAUCACCGGAACAUCAGUAAUUGCCUCCAAAUUUAAAGAUGGUAUUAUUAUGGCGGCCGAUAAUAUGGGAUCAUAUGGUUCUCUCUUGAGGUUUAACGAUAUUGAAAGAUUAAUUAAAGUUGGUUCGGAGACAAUCGUUGGCAUAUCUGGAGAUAUUUCUGACUUGCAACAACUUGAAAGAAUUUUAGAUGAGUUAGAAAUUGAAGAAGAGGUUUAUGAUAGCGACGGUGGCCACAAUUUAAAGGCACCUCAUGUGCAUGAAUACCUUUCUAAAGUAAUGUACAAUAGAAGAUCUAAAAUGAACCCUUUAUGGAAUGCAAUAAUUGUUGGAGGAUUUAAUGAUGAUGGAUCUCCAUUCUUGAGAUACAUUGACCUUUUGGGAACGACCUAUGGCUCGUCUACCAUCUCUACCGGAUUUGGAAGUUAUCUUGCUGUUCCUCUUUUAAGACAAUUGAUUCCAAGCGAUCCCGACUAUGAAAAGGUUUCUGAAGAAGAGGCUAGAAAGUCGAUUAUGAAUUGUUUAAGAGUGUUGUAUUACAGGGACGCGAGGUCCUCAGAUAAGUUUUCUCUAGUUACAAUCAAAUCGGGUGAGCCAUUAAAGUUUGAAAAGAAUUUAAAGGUUGAAGAUCAAAAAUGGCGCUUCGCAGCGGAUAUUAGAGGUUAUGGCAGUAAACAGCUCUGA